AGCAGUUGUCAAAGGAUGGUUAAAAAGCAUUGGAGUCGGAAUGUGGGCGGCCUUUGAAAGGUGCUUUUUUAGUUAAAUGUCAAAAACGGACUUCCCGUAAGUUACUAGUCAGUCAGGUUGAGGAGCUUCACAUGUUCUGUUUGACUACAUCAGCCUGAGGGUAGAAACCUAUAAUCAAUGAACCUCUAUAGGAAUUUUGGGAAUCUCCUUGAGAGUUGGGUGACAGAAGGCUACACGGAUUUACAUUCUCAGACAGAAGCCAAUGUGGAGAGAUUGGACUCUAUUGGGAGUGGUUCAGAGGUUCAACUUUCCAAAGUAAAAUCCGAAUCGGAGGAUUCCGGAUUUGAGACGGUCAGUACGAUCAGUCCCUGCCACUCUCACCAGUGCAGUGGAUUCACUUCAGAGUCUCACAGCGCAUCUCUAGUUAAUGUCUCUGCUCAAGAUGAUGUUCGACCAUCAUCUCCAUCUCCUUCUGUUUGCACUUCCUCAUCCUCAUGUGUCUCUCUUGGCUCUGUGGCUCCAAGAAAAACAUGUCUGAAGGUAGAGCAAGCUUUGAGACGGACAGAAACAACCUCAGGGCAUGUCUCAAGGAGAGGAGCCCCACACAAGUUGGAGAGAGGGGCCACUGGGCCACGGCACCGUUGUAACACAGCCACAUUUCCGACUAGCUGUCACACAACUAACGCCAGAACGCAUUAUUGGUUUAGUCAUCCAAGGAGAACUCAUUCACAACCUUCAGAUCACAAGAAAGCAGAGCUGUGCAGAAGACUCCUUAAAUCACACCAAUAUGGUCAAACAGUAGAGAGUCAACUGGAGUUUGAAGAGGGUGAACAAUGUAGACGGAACAAGCUCUCUCCAGGGCUGCUGUACCUGGAGCAGGUGUGCAGGAUGCUGGAGAACAUUGCAAAGCUACAGCAGCAAAAUCACACUUUGCAGAAGGAGGUGGAGAUGCUGAAGAGCCAGCAUGCUGAAAUUAAGUGUGCAAGCUUGAAUGAGGAGGAAAUAAACUACCCUGCCAGUCAAAGUUUAGAGAUUGAUGGUCCUGAAGAUCAAACCAGCCUAAAGACUCGUCUAAAGGACUCCAAAGAAUUUCGUCACAGAUCACAGUCUGAUACACGAGCAUUCUUAGGCCCUCACAGAAGAGCAAGGUUUGCUCAAGAUGAAUCUUUCGUAUCUGCAGGUGUCUUAUUCGAGGAACCUGACAGUAAAUAUCCUAUACCGGAAAAUGAGCACAAAAAGCCAAGUAAGAUUCAAAAGCUGAAAUUUACCUCAUUUAGAAGGCAAAAAACACGAAAGCCUGACACAGAAAACAAAAGUGUUCAGCCUGAGAAGAAAACAAAACUGUCAAUCUUCUUCAGAAGCAGAAGGAUGACCACACGGCUUUGAAAUUCACGCCUCAUUGUUGCCCAGUCAACAGCAUCACGAUGGUGAUCCACACCUUCCAUUUAUGCAGAGAUUAUGCUGCACUUAUGUAUAACACAUUUCUGUCAUGUAGUGUUCAUGUUACUGUGUAUUUACUUAAGUACUGUGUAAUACUAAUAAACUGCAUGUACUGAAUUUGUGUAUAUUUUGUACAGUCAUCCAGUCAUUAUCGCAUAAUAAACCCUGAAAGAGUGAUUAGGUUUUGCAUUUAUUUUGCGAUAAUGGCUGACUUACUCUCAUUAAAAAACGUCUUACUAAAUAAAUACAUAAAUGGACAAGAAAGCUAUGUAGGAAAUCGGUUGCCUGGGGCAACAGUCAAUUACUGUAUACAGUUUAGUGAUUGUAUAUCAAAAUAGCUCUUUUUUAACCAUUUAUUUUUGUACAGUGUAUUUUUGUUUUUUGAUAAUAAUUGUUUCUUGUAAUAAAAUUGCCAUAUUU